AUGCACCCCAUGCUCCUCAUCACGCGCGCCGACGCGGAGAGCACCCGCUUGAUCUCAUCCACCGUUGGCACGAGGGACCACCCGUCAAUACUGGGUGUGACAUCACGCGACAAGGCGCUCGUGGAGGCAGUUGAAGACGCUGAGGCACGCGAUGAUGGUGCCGCAGAGGUGUGCAGGAUCGAGGCCGAGUGGCUCGCGUGCAACAAGCUUGUCACGUUCGAUGAAACGGUUGAGCGGGAUAUCCACCGCUCGGCGAUCAAGGACGACGAGGCUGUUAAAAGCUACCUUGCUACUGCUGAGGGAAAGUCCAAUGCCGACGUGCGCGACAUCGCCAAGGACAUCCUCGGCGAGCCCGUCUUCUGGGACUGGGACCGUGCGUAUCCACUGCGCAGCCAGCCUGCGCGUGCCUGUUCAAUGAGGCCUGCGGAAGGCGAGACUCCAAGUUCAUGCGCGGCGCGUGACACUGGUCUUCGAAUGCCUAACUGUGUAUGGCUGAAUUGCCGGGGUGCGCCAUUCUUGCAUGCGGGAUGGGUCGCUGCGCUCGACUAUGACGCGUGUAAGGAUGUGCUAAGCGAUAGCUGCAUUCCAUCGAGAAGGCCUCUCAAGUCAUUGUCAUCAAUCCGUUCCCGUGGGCCGUGGCCACGAGCCCAAUCGCGCUACGCUGCAGCGGGCUCCCGCAACGAUCGUACACGCUAG